GUUGGGUCCUUUUUUUGUUUUUCUAAUUUCCUUAUUCACCGGGGUGUGAGGUGUUGAUUAAUUUGUAUGAAAAGAUGGAUUGAAGAAGCGACACAUUGGAUCAAUGAUAAAAGUAAUGGUAUUUGAAGUGUUAAUUUGCUUGCUCCUCACUUGUGUGCUUGCAAAAGAUAAUGGGUUUCCCAGAUGUAACUGUGAUGAUGAGUCUAGUUUGUGGACAAUUGAUACCAUUUUGGAGUGCCAGAGAGUUGGUGAUUUUCUCAUUGCUGUGGCCUACUUCUCCAUCCCAAUUGAGCUACUUUACUUUGUUAGUUGCUCAAACUUUCCAUUCAAAUGGGUCCUCUUUCAGUUCAUUGCUUUCAUUGUGCUAUGUGGAAUGACACAUUUGCUGAAUGGGUGGACUUAUGGCCCCCACACUUUUCAACUUAUGGUGGCACUUACUAUCUUCAAAAUUCUCACCGCUUUAGUAUCAUGUGCCACUACCAUAACCCUUCUCACUUUGAUCCCUUUGCUUCUAAAAGUGAAGGUCAGAGAAUUGAUGCUGAAGAAAAAGACCUCAGAUCUUGGAAGGGAGGUUGGUAUCAUAAUGAAACAAAAGGAGGCUGCAAUGCAUGUAAGAAUGCUUACUCAAGAGAUUCGCAAGUCCCUUGAUAGGCACAAGAUUCUUUACACCACGCUGGUUGAGCUUUCUAAGACUCUCGGUUUGCAAAAUUGUGCAGUUUGGAUGCCAAAUGUUGAAAAGACUGAGAUGAACCUCACACAUGAAUUGAAUGGGAGGAAUAUUAACUAUCCUAUACCCAUUACUGAUCCAGAUGUUGAGAGAAUUAAGGGAAGUGAUGAAGUAAACAUAAUUAAUUCUGAUUCGGCAAUUGCCACUGCCAGUAGAGGAGUUUCUGGUGUGGCAGGACCAGUUGCUGCAAUUCGAAUGCCAAUGCUCCGGGUUUGUAAUUUCAAAGGGGGAACGCCUGAGAUGAGGCAAGCGUGUUAUGCCAUAUUGGUUUUGAUUCUUCCUAGUCGGGAGCCUAGAUUGUGGAGUACUCAAGAGCUAGAGAUCAUUAAAGUGGUUGCUGAUCAGGUGGCUGUGGCUCUGUCUCAUGCUGCCAUUCUUGAAGAUUCUCAACUUAUGAGAGAGAAGUUGGAGGAGCAAAAUCAAGCCUUGCAGCAGGAAAAGAUGAAUGCUAUGAUGGCAAGCCAGGCUCGAACUUCAUUUCAGAAGGUCAUGAGUAAUGGAAUGAGAAGGCCAAUGCACUCAAUUUUGGGCUUGCUUUCGAUGAUACAAGAUGACAAUUUAAAGAUUGAACAGAAACUUAUUGUGAAUUCAAUGCUUAGGACCAGCAAUGUGCUAUCAAACUUGAUAAAUGAUGCCAUGGACUACUCAGCAAGAUAUGAUGGAAGAUUUCCUUUGGAGAUGAAAUCUUUUGGGUUGCAUGCUAUGGUAAAAGAAGCAGCUUGCCUUGCCAAGUGCAUGUGUGUUUAUAAGGGCUUUGGUUUUGUGGUUGAUGUUGAUAAAUCUUUGCCUAACAAUGUUAUAGGGGAUGAAAAGAGGGUUUUUCAGGUGAUUUUGCAUAUGGUUGGGAAUAUAAUAAAUGGUAAUGAUGGGGGAGGUGUUCUUGUAUUUCGAGUUUUUGCAGAAACUGGAAGUCAAGGAAGGAAUGACCAAGAAUGGACAACCUGGAGACCAAGCUCUUCUAGUGGGGAUGUAAAUAUUAGAUUUGAGAUAGGAAUUGAUACUCGUGAUUCUGAAUUGGAGAGCUUAGUUCUUUCAGGGAAGAUUGUGGGUAGAAAGCAUGCCAGUGAUAGGGUUGAGGGAAGAUUGAGCUUCAGCAUUUGCAAGAGGAUAAUCCAGUUGAUGCAAGGGAACAUAUGGUUAGUGCCAAAUGCUCAAGGUUUUCCUCAAGUCAUGGCCCUUUUUCUUCGGUUUCAAUUACAGCGAUCUAUUGCCAUAUCCAUAACUGAACCUGGAGAAAAUUUAGAGCCAUCGAAUUCAAAUUCUUUCUUCAGAGGCCUCCAAGUCUUGUUGGCGGACAACGACGACGUAAAUAGAGCAGUGACUCAAAAGUUGCUUCAGAAACUAGGUUGUGUUGUAACUUGUGUUUCUUCAGGAUUUGAAUGCCUUAGUGUCAUUGGACCUGCUGGAUCUUCCUUUCAAGUCGUUCUUUUGGAUCUUCACAUGCCUGAGCUAGAUGGAUUGGAAGUUGCCACAAGGAUUCGCAAGUUUAAAAGCCGAAAUUGGCCUAUGAUUGUUGCCAUGACUGUGAGCACAGAAGAAGAUUUGUGGGAAAGAUGCAUGAAAAUUGGCAUGAAUGGAGUUAUAAGAAAGCCAGUUUUGUUGCAAGGAAUUGCUGGUGAACUCCGAAGAAUCCUAAUGCAGGGAAAUAAUGUCCUAUGA